AUGCUCUCGCUAAAAUGGCUAGAACCUUGCAAAUACAGCGGCAAAGAGUGUGGCAAGAAUAGCUUUUCUACAUUUGAACACCUUCGAUAUGGAUCUUGCCAUACGUUCAAUUCGGAUGGCCAGUUUGGGCUAAAAGUAGACAGUAUUGGGCCAAUCAGUGGAUUGCAAUUGCGUUUAAAUGUCGAGGAGAAAGACCAUGUCAGUAAUUUAUAUGGACUUCAAGCGGGCUUCAAAGUUCUUGUUCACGACCCUCGAGAGCACCCGAUGAUAGAGGAGACCGGAUUUGCCUUACAGCCGGGAACGCAUACAUUCUGCUCAGUCAGGAUGAAGAAGUACGUCAACCUGAGGGCACCAUAUCGCACCGAAUGCGGAGAGAACAUUACUGACUUCAACCGAUACUUCAAUGUGAACUAUACCAUGGCAAUCUGUAGCAAGCAGUGUCUCCAUGACUACGGGAUAAAAAAAUGCGGCUGCCAGCCAAUCUUUGAAAUCACAAAGGAUGUGCCGCUGUGCUCUUUAAACGACACAUUUGAGUGCAUCUACCCAACAUAUAAUGGGCCCUAUCCACGGGAGGCGGCAGAAUGCUUCAAAAAGUCAUGCCCUGUACCGUGUUACUACACCAAGUACGAGACCAAGCUUUCUUACGCGUCGGCUAUAAGUAACGCCAUCGCAAGAGACAUUCCAACAUACCUACUACCAAAUGGAAGCGAGUUUGACGACAUAGAAAAGAUGACAGAGGGGGAACGAAAAACGUUUUUCAGGGAAAAUGUUGCCUCACUUGACGUCUACUUCGAGGAGCUCAGUUAUGACUUGAUUGAGCAGAAACCCUCGUUUGACAGAUGGUCGCUUAUAGCGAUGAUUGGAGGUUACCUCGGUCUGUUCCUGGGUAUGAGUCUGCUAACAGUCCUGGAGUUCUUUGAUCUUCUUGUGAUGAAGUUUCUCAACAGGAUUUCUUCCAAUAAGAAGGGUGUCAACACCGUUACAGUAGAACCGCAAGAAUCACAGAAUGCGUUUGCUUUUAAACAAGGACCUACGGUAUAAAAGGCGCGCGCGUCUGUCACGCAGGAAUAAGUUGAACAUGUAGUGAAGACAUAUUUAGCAUCUAGAAAUUAUAUACUGAUCGGCUGUCAGCAUAUUGAAGUCCACGGAACAAAAAGCAUUUUGUUUAGGUUACCUAUCGCGUUUGACAGGCAAAUAUAAAACGCUCGCAUGGAAAUUGCUUAGUCAAGCAGUUCAUAUUUUUAGCAGAUUGACCUUUUGCUCGGGAAACUUAUAGGCCUACCGCGUUCCUUUUCAAGUGGUACUGGAGAACAGAGUUUUAAGCAUUUGCUUUAGUCCUGUAUCCGUUAACUACAUAAGGAAAGUUAAGUCUAAGUUCACACAAGGUUUACCCUAAGAGUUUGAGUGCAAAAAUGAUUAGAAUGCUGUCAAUCAUAUUAAUCACGUGUGUAGCUCGCCAUGCGCACUAGCACAGCUAGCAGUUAGUGUGUGACAACCGUAGUCAGUAGCAACAUGUAAAUAUUACGUGAGUCACGGUAGCCCAAGGGUAACAAACCGACACACCCAUGGGGGGUAAAUCGUUCCUCGAACGCCCAUUGGCUGAAGCCUUAUCUAAACAGAGCUUACAGCUUUCCAUGGGUGUCAGUGUCGGAUUACCUAAGGGACGACGUCUUAGGAGCAUAUAAACAUGGGUACGUACUGAAGCCCCAUUACACUAAAUACUUGAAGAGACAUUUGUAAGGCACUCUCACAAACGAACUUGAAGAAACACACAUGUGAAAACAAUUGCAAUACUCACAGUAACACUGUAUAUGUGUUACUGUAUAUAACACAUAUAUCACAUAUGACAAUACAAAAAUCUUGUAAAGACUUUGUAACAGCGAAUAAGUAAAAACCGGUACCUCCCCCAGGUAAGUGGGUCAUAGUCGUUUGGUUAAAUGUGGUUAGAGAACCAAAAAUAAUAGCGGUUACAUCAUCACGUCAUUCUCGCUAGACUUUGUCGAGUACAGAACUCCAUAAAAAGAAGCAAAAGAGAUAUGAUCAAGUUCGAAAUAAUGUCUAAUGAUGUUUAAAAACAUCAAUAGUGUAAAGACAAUUAAUUAAUUCGACAAAGUCUAAAUCUUCAAUCUUUUCUGCUGCCUGGACAGAUAAUAGAGAAUGGAGCAAUUCUGGAGCAAAAACGUUUUCAAGUUUCGUUAUUUUCACAAAAAGAACAGCGCGUGAUGUUUUUUAAUUUUACUUUCAAUCACAAUUUUUGUCGUUGUUGCCGUAGAAACUACUCCCAAGAAGCUCGGCGUUAUUGCCUUGUGUAUACAGAACAUUAUUUUCAACGCGUUGAAAUGAAUCUACGGCUCUGCUUUUUCGAGAUUGACGGAGCUCUGCACUUGAUGUGAUCUAGUGAGAAUAACGACUUGGACCAGGCGCGCGCCCUUUACCAUUUAACGCCCCCUCCCCCUCGGACCAUCGAAAUUUAAUAAACGCCCCGGUCAUUUAUUAGAUCAUUUACGGUAAUCGGAGGCUAAUAAUCCAUCAAGAAGACGUAUCUUAAAAUUAAAAAAAAAAAAUCAUUAUCGGAAAAUCAUUGCGUCUGGUCGUACCCAGACACGUAUGUGUGCAUCAGCACGUAUCCAGGAUGUUUUGAAGGGAGGGCGGGGGAUGAGCAGUCUUAGGUAUCAUAUGGAAAAAGGAUCGAUUCUUCAAUAAAAAAUGACCCUCUUUUUGGCGGCCAAGGGGGAGGAGGAGGGGGGGGGUGUACGCGCACCCACGCGCCUGUGUAUAUAAUUUUCGGCGCCACCAAAAUGCAUUCAUUUUAGUAUGCAUAUUGUAAAUAUAAGUAUAGAUUGUUGCAUAUUAACUUACCACGAGCAAGAAUAAGAAACAAUUAGCAAGAAUAGAAACAAUCACGCAAGAAGC